UAAAAUAGGGAAAAAAAAUAAAUGUGAACUUCUCUGACGUCACUACCUUUGACUCUCUCUUUCUCUCUCCCCUCUUUAUACACUCCCUCUCUUCUCCGCUCCACUUCCUACCUCUCUCUUUUUCUCUCUUUCUCUCUCUCUGUUUCCGUUGCCUUCUCUCGCUGCCUCGGAGGCCAAACGACGGUCACCAUGGUCAGGGACGAUCUAUACAUCACGAUUCCAAGCUUCUUCCGGUGUCCUAUUUCCCUCGAUGUCAUGAAAUCUCCGGUAAGUCUCUGCACCGGCGUUACCUACGACCGUUCCAGCAUCCAACGCUGGCUCGACAACGGCAACAACACCUGCCCGGCCACCAUGCAGGUUUUGCAAACCAAAGAAUUUGUUCCUAACCGUACUCUACAGAGGCUUAUCCAGAUCUGGUCUGACUCGGUUCGCAACCGAGUCGAAUCUGCCGAUUCUCCGGCCACCAGAACAGUCCCCUCCCCGGCUCAGGUCGCCGACUCUAUGAAAUACUUGGACGGCCAAGGCGAGGACUGUCUCAAUUCCUUAACAAGAAUUGUAUAUUUCGCCGAAGAAUCUGAAGAGAAUCGGGAGUUCCUCUCGAAGUUAGAGGGGUUCGUCCCUUUACUCGUUGAUUUACUCGACAAUGUCAAUGGCGUCGUUGAAAUGCUCGAGAGAGUCGUUAAUGCUUUGGAUACGAUUCUGGAUAAAAUCAAAGAUCGUGAGCAGUUGAAGAAAUUGAUGUUGAAGAACCACGACAAUUGCCUAGCUUCUCUGCUCCUUCUUCUGCAACAAGGCAGCGCCGGCUCGAAAAUCGGAUCGGCGAGGAUUUUGAAGGUCAUCGCGGUGGAUGCCGAGUCCAAAGUCAUGAUCGCCGAAAAGGAAGGUAUAAUGUCCGAAUUGGUCAAAUCAAUCUCUCCAGACAAGGACCCCGCGCUAAUCGAAAACAGCCUGCUGUGUUUGAUCGCAAUCUCGUCGCCGAAACGGAACAAGUUGAAAUUGGUCCAUCUCGGAGCUAUCAAGACACUUUCGCAAUUACUUUCCGGCUCAAAUUCGAGCACUUCCGUAACGGAAAACGUCCUGAAACUGCUGGAAACGGUAUCGUCAACCAAAGAAGGUAGGUCAGAGAUUAGCGAGGACCCGGCUUGUUUACCGGCUGUAUUGCAAAAGGUGAUGAAGGUAUCGAUCACCUCGACGGAGCACGCGGUGAUGAUACUGUGGACUGUGUGUUAUCUGUUUCGCGAUCAGAAGGCGCAGGAAGUGGUGGCAAUGGCCAACGGCUUCACCAAAUUUCUGCUCCUGAUGCAGAGCAAUUGUUCGCCGGCGGUUCGUCAAAUGUCCGCCGAUUUGCUAAAGAUUUUUCGGGUCAACUCGAAAUCAUGCCUCUCUUGUUACGAUACUAAGACCACCCACAUCAUGCCCUUCUGAUACUGGCCGUUUUUUCAUCUUCUCCUUGGCCCGGGGGGAAGAUUCAGACAGAUAAAAAAGAAGUUUGUAAAUCAAAGAAAAAUUUUGUUAGUAAAUGGAAUAUAGAAAAAGAGAAAUUCAUUUGAUGCCAGUCAUGUUACGUUA